UGCACGAAGAGGAGAGGAUGCAGUGCAGAUUUAUGAAUUUGUUUCGUGGAUGUUGGAUUCUAAAAAUGCUAAAUGCAUCAAAAAAUAUAUAUUCGUAAACGUGCAUAAUUGAAUUUUAUUUCAUUUUAUAUUCACUGUAUUAAAUCAACUUACUUUCUUACGGAUAAUUUAAUUCAUUUUAAAAAGAUCAAUAUUUUAUAUAGUAGCAAUAAAUAUUGCAAAAGAAAAGAGAGAGAGAAAACCUCAAAAUAGCUGCUCAUUGUAGAUGGAACAAUCUUUCAUAAACAAACAGGAAUUAUUUUUAAUUGGAUUUAUUACAAUAAAUAAGAAAGAAGCAAGAACCCGUAUAUCAAACUGAAGUGCAAAUUCGUGGCAAAUAUUUGUAAAACUAUAGAAAAUUAAUUUACGACAUUCAUAACCCACUGUCGAUAAAGAUAUUUUACAACUAGAGAAGCUGUAACGUAAAACUUGAUGAUAAUGUGAAUUUAUUGGAAAUUGAAUAACAGUACAGCGUAGAACGCUCUAGUGGUAAUAUUGGCAAAGACGAUUACAAACGUUGUUAAAAAUGUGAGGUAAAAACGACGAUCAAUCGUGAAAGUAUCAGAAGUAAGCAAAUUAGUUUGAGUGAAAGAAGUGAAUUCUUUAAUUCAGUUUUCGUAAGACCAGGAAUUAUUAAAAAAGUAAAUAAUGAUUUAAUAAGUUACAAAGCAUUCAUUAUUUAAGGUUGACAUUUACGGAAUGAUGUUAAUGAAACCACAAAAGUAAAUAUUCAGGAAGGUGAUUUGAUGAAUGAAAAUGAAGUUUUCAUAACGGAGUGGAAAUCAGAAAUUAAAAUAUAUGGAAUAAAAUAUCUUACUGAAAAUAUAAAAUAGAGAAGAAAAGUUGUAAUGGUAACCAUGACCGGCAUACUUGUUCCAAACUAUAGACAGGUUGAUGUCGAAAGCUGGUUCGACCAGAAGCCAGAAGCCAUGGAAGAAAUAUUUCUUAGAAAGGCUGAUAUCAAUCUUAUUAAUAAAUGGCUGAUAAGAAAUGGUUACUCUCCAGCAACGACAGAAAUUGUGAUGCCAAAACGCGGUUCAGGAUCAGACGAUAAUAAUAGUGACCCAACGUCACCAAUAGACGCCCGUGGAGACGUUUUCUUUGCAAAGCAUGGAAGAAGUAAUUCGAAAAAAUACCUGAGACAUGACUUUGCAAAAUCGAAAUACAGAAACAUGUUCCGGACAUAUGAGCCGUCUGCUAUGUCCGAACAGUCAGCGGAUGAUCGCAGAAUUAAUUUGAAAGAAAUGAGAAUGUUCCGAUCACUUCCACCAAACUCGAGCAAUAUCUUAAGCCUAUUGAUACAGUCAAAAGUUCGUUUGCCGCGGUAUCCUAGUAAAGACAUUGACAGAAAAAGAGAGGAAAGACAUACAAACGAAAUGGAAUUUUUCAUGGAUAUUGUAAAGGAUAUUUCAAACGACCUUAACCUUAAGAGUUUAAGUGAGAAAAUGGUUGCAAAUAUCAGUGUGCUUUCUGACGCCGAUCAUGCGUCUGUGUUCUUUGUUGAAGGUAAACGGAGUAAUAAACAAUCUCUUGUGUCCAAAAUAUUUGAUGUGCACUCGGGAACACAGAUCAUGCCCACAAAGACAUCGGACAACAGUAUACGUGUGCCAUGGGGAAAGGGAAUAAUGGGAUACGUAGCGGAGCAUCGGGAAAUUGUAAAUCUUUCAGAAGCUUUCAAGGAUCCAAGAUAUAACGACGAAGUAGACAGAAUUACUGGUUAUACUACAGAUUCUUUAUUAUGUAUGCCUGUAAAAAACUCAGAUGACGAAAUUGUCGCGGUUGCUCAAGUUAUCAACAAAUCUAAUGGAGAAGGAUUUACAAAAGAAGACGAAAAGCUCCUGUCGGCCUACCUGUCUUAUUGUGGAAUAGCCAUAUACAAUGCUCAGAUUUUUGACGCCUAUAGUAAAGAAUACGAAAGAAACAAGUGUCUUUUGGAGGUUGUACAUGAUCUGUUCGAAGAACAAACAUCGUUGGAUGACGUCAUACUAAAGAUAAUGCAAAGAGCACAGACUCUUCUCAAGUGUGAACGCUGCUCUGUUUUAUUGAAGGACUCUAACUCAGAGAAACCAUUCAGCAAAGUGUUUGACCUUGCAUAUCCUUUAACAAAUGGGACCAGCUGUCAUUCUGCGAUAAGGUUGGAUGCUGAUCCACGACGACAGCAAUUUUCCAGAGGUAAAGUGGAGACUGUAUCCCCACGAAACCGAUCUCACAGCGCCCCCUGUUGUACAUAUACAAGUUCAGACCCCUGUGCAGACCUGCAGUUAGGUAACAAACUGGCUGAGCUUGUGUUGAAAACAGAAGAAACUAUAAACAUUUCCGAUGCUCAUUCAGACCCUAGAUUCGACAGAGAGACAGAUGUUGUAAGUGGUUAUCAUACAAAGUCUAUUCUUUGUAAACCAAUAAGAAAUCGAUAUGGACAAAUCAUAGGUGUUGCUGAAAUUGUAAAUAGAAUAGAUGGAUUGCCAUUUGACGAACAUGAUGAACAACUAUUUGAGGCGUUCACGAUUUUCUGCGGAUUAGGAAUAAACAAUGCUCAACUUUACGAAGAGGUUGCAAUAUCCUCUGCAAAGCAAACUGUAGCUCUUGAGGUACUUUCUUAUCAUGCUGGUAUAGAAAAUGUGGAAGUUGAAAAAAUCAAGAAUAAACAUGUACCACCAGCACCAGAAUGGCGUUUGAAUGAGCUCACAUUUAAUGACUUCUCGCUGAACAAUGACGAAAUGGUCAUGGCAGGAUUAAGGAUAUUUAAAGAUCUCGGACUAGCAAAGUCAUGUAGAAUAGAUUUUGAAACCUUAUGCAAAUUUCUGUUGACUGUAAAGAAAAAUUAUAGAAAUGUUGCUUAUCAUAACUGGAGACACGCCUUCAACGUAUGUCAGCUAAUGUUUUCUGCUUUACUGAAAUGCAAUCUUCGUCGCCUGCUAAGCAAACUAGAAUGCCUGGCGCUUAUUGUCGGCUGUCUUUGUCACGAUCUUGAUCAUAGAGGUACUAACAACGCAUUUCAAGAAAAGACUAGCUCAGCAUUAGCGCUACUUUAUGGUACAAAAACAACGCUGGAACAUCAUCAUUUCAACCAUGCUAUCAUGAUUCUAAAUACAGAGAGUACCAACAUUUUUAGCAACUUAUCGUCCGAUGAGUAUUCAAAAGUGAUAAACAUCUUGAAACAUGCAAUUUUAGCUACAGAUCUAUCAUUACAUAUACAAGUACGGGAAAAAUGGUUUGCAAUGGUUGACGAAGGACGUAUAGACUGGGAUGAUAAGGACCUAAGAGAAAUUUUCCGUAGUAUCCUUAUGACAACAUGCGAUAUUGGAGCAAUUACUAAACCGUGGGACGUGUCUAGAAAGGUUGCUGAUCUGGUGAUGACAGAGUUCUUUGACCAAGGAGAUAAAGAAAAAUCAGAGUUAAAAAUUCAGCCACAAGCUCAUAUGGAUAGAGAAAAACAAGAUCAACUUCCAGCCCUUCAGCUUGGAUGGAUCGAUGGAAUAUGCAGACCUCUGUAUGAAAGUUUGGCGAAAUUUGACAAAUCGUUUAAGCCAAUGCUAAAUGGAGUGCUGUUAAACAGAGCAGAAUGGGAGUAUUUGGAUGCUGAAAGACUAAGUAAACAAGGGACAAGCAGGGAAUCUGUUGUGUAAUCUUGCCAUAUAGACAUUUAUUUAAUAUCAGUCCUUAAACUUUAUUUCCUCCAGCCAACAAGGAUUGUAAAAUCAUAUGAAUAUAUCAUGUUUCUUAUUAUUUAAAGUGCUCAAAAGCCAUAGACAGAGACAUUGGUAUUUACUGCGGUAUACAGUUAAAUCAUCAUAACAAGAAAUAAUGUUUCCCUUAAGCAAGACAUACAAAUGUGCUUUUAUAGAUAUCUGGAAGUACAAUGGAAAUAACGUGCCGACGUCAUUACAUAGUUUAUGCACCAACAGACAUAAAAAUUAAUUUAACUGUGUAUAAUAAACUUUAUGAGUUUUAAUGAGUCUUUCAGAACGUUUUUUUUUAUCAUAUCCCAUUCAAGAACAUAUUGUUUUAUACAAUUCAAUUCCUUAAAAAGGUAUAAGAAAACAAGGAUAUUACAUUUUAAUCAAUUAUUUUUUUAACAUUUACAUUGGUCACCAUUAUGUCUAUCUCUAUAAAGAAAGCCUAAAAUGAUUCAUGACACUACUAAUUAUAAACGUUGGACGAUACUAUAUCACAAUUGAAAAGGGUAGAACAUUAACAUAUAGUGGAAGAUACAGGACCCGAUUGAAGUAUUUUGUUCAUAAGAGAUGAUUUAGAAAGGAACGAUUUUCAAUGUCCACUCACGCUGGCUUAAAUAGUAUUCAAUAUUCGACAAUAAAAUGAAAAAUAAAACAAUAAUAAACGUUAUUCGACAUGUUAAACAUUUAAAAUGUGAAAAUAUUGUUUUCACAACAUGUUGUGCAUUACAAAGCUGUUACAUGACAAAUUGAAAUUUAAACGACGACAGCAUGAUUGUUGUACAUUUUCAACAUUAAUGUCGAUUCACGAAAACAACUUAAUUGGUUUUAUAUAUUGUAACUUUAUAUUUAAAUUUAUCAAGUUGUACCUUGAAUUAAUUGUCAAAUUAUAAAAUAGUACAUACAAAUGAUUCAUUAAUUCUGAAAACAUGAUUGGCCUAUUAUUAAGUCUACAUAUAUUUUGUGUAUCUUCAUUCAGACAACAUUUUGAAUAAAUUGUUCUGUUCCUUAUGGAAAUCAACGAUUUCUUAUUUAUUAUAAAAUAUUUCUAAAACUGCUAUUCUUUUUAUCUGCUUGUUUUAAAUUACAUUUGUGCUUUCAUGGGCAUUAAAACAUUUUUGAAAUUGAAA